AUGAAAUUAAGAAUUCUUUGUAUAAUGAUAAUGGGAGUAUUCUCAUCUUUAUCAAAUGAGAAAAUUACACAUAAAGUAAAAAUAGGAAUAACAAUUGAUGGUUAAAAGGAAGGGGAAAUAACAUUAGGGUUAUUUGGAGAGGUUGUACCUAAAACAGUUGAAAACUUUAGAGCAUUAUGCACAGGAGAGAAAGGUUUAGGUUAUGCAGGAUCACCAUUUCAUAGAAUUAUACCAAAUUUUAUGAUUUAAGGGGGUGAUUUAAUAAAUGGAAAUGGAACUGGAGGUGUAUCAAUAUAUGGUAAUAAAUUUAAUGAUGAAAACUUUAAAUUGGAACAUGAAAUAGGAUGUAUAUCUAUGGCUAAUUCUGGACCUAAUACAAAUGGAUGUUAAUUCUUUAUAACAACUGCUGAAACUCAUUGGGUAAUUUAAUAAUUGAUAUUAUUUCUAAGUUAGAUGGAAAACAUGUCGUUUUUGGAAGAGUUAUUGAAAAUAUGGAUUUAGUUAAAAAGAUUGAAUCUAAAGGAUCACAAAGUGGUAAACCAUAAGCAAAUAUAGUCUUUGAUACUUGUAAUGCUGAAAUUAUAUAAGAAUAAUCAUGAAC